UUGAAUCCUAAACGACAACAAAACUAUCUUCGCUCGCAAAGAUAAAGGUUUGUUUUCCCGUAUUCAUGAGCAUUUCGUUACACCACCUCCCCAGAGAAGGAGAAAUGGAAAACGUGCAUCUGGCUGUGGAGGAGGAUGAUAUUUAUUCGGGUUACAACGACUAUAAUCCAACAUUUGACUCCGAGGAGUUGGAGAAUGAUGUGGGCUUCCAGCAAGCAGUGAGGACCAGUCAUGGAAGAAGACCUCCGAUGACUGCCAGAUUUCCUGGCACUGCCAUUGGAGCUCGGCCUUUAGCGUCUUCCUUUGGAUCUCGUAUACCUAUGGCCUCUUCAAUGGGCAGACCCAUGACUGGAGCUGUGCAGGAUGGAGCAGCCCGACCAAUGACUGCUGUCAGAGCAGCAGGUUACACAUCCUCCCUGACCCGUGGCUCAAACUUUGACCCUCUGGGCCAGUCCAGAGGCCCCGCUCCUCCACUUGAAGCCAAGAAUGAGGACACGCCUGAGGAGAAGAUCAAGAUCCUGGAGAAGAAAGUUAAUGACCUGAUAGAAGAGAGCUGCAUGGCACAGAGCAUUGGAGCCUUACAACUGGCUCUUGAAAAAGCCAAAGAGGCAGGGAGGAAGGAGAGAGCCCUGGUGAGACAGAGGGAACAGUCUGGCAAUGCAGAACACAUCAAUUUAGACCUCACCUACUCUGUUUUGCUCAACCUUGCCAACCAGUAUGCUAACAAUGAAAUGUACCCAGAGGCCCUAAACAGCUACCAGGUCAUUGUGAAGAACAAGAUGUUCAGUAACGCAGGCCGGCUGAAGGUUAAUAUGGCAAACAUCUAUGUCAAACAGAAGAACUACCCCAAAGCCAUCAAGUUCUACCGAAUGGCAUUAGAUCAGAUCUCCAACGCUCACAAGGAAAUGAGGAUCAAGAUCAUGCAGAAUAUCGGCGUGGUCUUUGUCCGUAUGGGCCAAUACUCCGAUGCCAUAACGUCUUUUGAGCACAUCAUGAGUGAGAGCCCCAACAUCAAGACGGGCUUCAACCUUAUUCUUUGCUACUAUGCCAUUGGUGAUAGGGAAAGGAUGAAGAAGGCCUUUCAGAAGCUCAUCUCUGUUCCUCUGGGAAUCGAUGAUGAAGACAAGUACAUCCCAUCUAAUGAUGACGCUAGCUCAAAUAUGGUCAUCGAGGCCAUUAAGAACGACAAACUUCACCAGAUGGAGAGAGAUCUAAAAGUCCUGGCUGAGAAGUUCAUCAUGACCUCAGCCAAGCUCAUCGCUCCGGCCAUUGAGACUUCUUUUGCUACUGGAUUUGACUGGUGUGUGGACAUGGUGAAGAGUUCUCAGUAUGUUGAGCUUGCCAACGAUCUAGAGAUAAACAAAGCCAUCACCUACCUUAGGCAGAAGGACUUCAACCAGAUUGAGGCGGUGGAAACUCUGAAGACAUUUGAGAAGAAGGACAGCAGAGUGAAGAGUGCUGCAGCCACCAACCUCUCUUUCCUCUACUUCCUGGAGAAGGACUAUGACCAGGCUGACCGAUAUGCUGACCUUGCCAUGAACGCUGAUCGCUACAACCCGGCAGCACUUAUCAACAAAGGCAACACGGUGUUUGUCAAGCAAGACUAUGAAAAGGCUGCAGAGUUCUACAAAGAAGCACUGAGGAAUGAUUCCUCCUGCACUGAGGCCCUCUACAACCUGGGUCUAACCUAUAAGAGACUGAAUCGUCUAGAAGAGGCUCUGGACUGCUUCCUGAAGCUCCAUGCUAUUCUGAGGAACAGUGCCCAAGUCAUGUACCAGCUGGCCAACCUCUAUGAGCUUCUGGAAGAUCCCCAACAGGCAAUCGAGUGGCUGAUGCAGGUCAUCAGCGUAACUCCCACUGACCCCCGGGCACUGGCCAAACUGGGAGAGCUGCAUGAUGGCGAGGGCGACAAGUCCCAGGCUUUCCAGUACUACUACGAGUCCUUCAGGUACUUCCCCUCCAACAUCGAUGUGAUUGAAUGGCUCGGGGCUUACUACAUUGAGACACAGUUCUGUGAGAAGGCCAUUCAGUACUUUGAAAGAGCUACACUCAUACAACCAACCCAGGUGAAGUGGCAACUAAUGGUGGCAAGCUGCUACAGAAGAAGUGGAAACUACCAGAAAGCUCUGGAAACGUAUAAAGACAUUCACCGCAAGUUUCCGGAAAAUGUGGAAUGCCUGCGUUUCUUGGUGAGGCUGUGCACAGACAUGGGAUUGAAGGAAGUCCAAGAAUAUGCCACCAAGCUGAAGAAGGUGGAGAAGAUGAAGGAGAUCAGAGAACAGAGGGUUAAGUCAGGGCGGGAGGGCAGUGCCAGGGGUCGGAGAGAAGGCAGAGAGGGCAGCGCCGGGAGUGCUGCAGGCGUCUCCACACCUGUCCUCACCUCUCCCAAGAAGGCCAGCAUUAUGGACAGUGGACACAGCAGCAACAGCACUAAAGGAGAGCGGCUGAGUGCCAAGAUGAGGUCACUUCCUGGUUCCAAUGAGCCCUACGAGGCCAGCAGCCCAAAAGAAAUAGAUGCGUCUUAUGUGGACCCACUUGGGCCUCAGAUGGAGAGACCAAAGACGGGAGCCAAGAGACGCGUGGAGGACGACGACUUUGCAGAUGAAGAGCUGGGAGAUGACCUGCUGCCAGAGUAGCUGCUUCUACCCUCUGUCUUCACUGCACUGUCGGGAACAUUUGCUCUCUUGUCACCUUUUGAAAGGCAAGAGCACAAAGUUUAACCACAAAACCAAAACAUUUUAAACUCACCUCUUCAGCAACAAAAACACAAACGUUACAGGAUAAAGAUUUUUAUUUUUCAUGGGCAUCAAUGAGGGACCGGUGUUAUUUCCACUUCCGAGUGUAGGAGUGAGAUGUGUUUACCUAUCAGAUCGGUCAUCUUUGCCUUACAUCUGAAUAACUUUGCUUGGAAAACAGAAAGGCUGACCGCUGAUUUCUUAAAGGUAAAUUAUUAUACAUAUAUUUUUAACAGAGGAAUAUGUAUAUACAUUGGAAUGAAUGCAAAUAAUGUUUUACACAAAGCUGGUUACAGUGCAGUUUUGGCUCUGUACUCCAGCACAAUGAAUUUGAAAUGAAUGAAACUAUCACAAUGAGCCUAUAAAGUUCUGACAUUCAACUUUAAUUUGAAUGUGUUUACAUUCAUAUCUGAUGACUUGUGUAGAAUUUAUAGAUCUUUUUGGAAAUAGUGUUCCUCCCAAGCGUAAAAGGUCUACGAGUUCUUUAGUGUUCACCCAAUAUGGAUGUCAACAACCUAAAACGCAUUUAAAGUCUUAAAGUCCCAGUCAACUUCAGAGCCAAAACAAUUAUUUUAAAAAAUAUCGCUAUCCUAAUAUUUUUGACUGCACUGUGUGUUUCCAUGAGUUUGAGAACCUUCUGCAAAACCCAUCAACACCAUAUAACAAACAUAUGUAAUCCAUCCAUUUCAGGUCCUGUUCCAUUUUACAUGUUUCAAAAAUGUUUUUUUGUGGGGUAAUAUUUAUUGUUUUGUUAAUUUAUUUGUUGUUCAUUUAUAUAAUUAAAAGGGAAAAUAUUUUAUUUA